UUGGCCUCGGUGACGUAGUUUUUAAGUGUCUGGAGAAUUCUUACUAAAGCUGGAAGGAAGUUAACCAACCGUGUGCUGUCCAGUCUUUAUACAGAGACUCUUCUCUCUCUCUACACUGUACGGCGUUGGGGUCUUUCCGCGACAAGCAGACAACCAAAUACAUUCUAAUGACGACAAUUGAAAGGCGGCCAUUGGACACUUGGUAUACGCGAGGAUCUUCGCUUUCUCAAUGGUGAAGAUUUUAAUAAUCGAAAUUCGCUUAGAACUCACGACUCAUUGCACUUAGCGAGUUCCUUUGCACUAUGGACAGAUGGCUUCGUUCGGAUUUAAUCGACGGAAUGAGAUUUUAAUGAUCAAGAUGCAAGUAUGAGAGAGUUCAUCUUGGCUCAUCAUUCUUCCUGGAUUGGUCAAUGGAUUCGUGAUAGUGGUUUCUGAUUGUUCUCUCUGGCACUUCUGGCGAAUCCUCGUCGAGAGAGUUACGUUCUGUAUUGCUGAUGAAUUCAAGCAAUUCAAAAAGAGACAAUCGCGUGGUCUUCAGCGAGGACCAGCUAGCGUUUGCUUUACUCGCUGCUCUUUUGACCCUUUGAAUGAAACUGGCCGCGGCGAGCGACACCGUGCACCACUGUUCAAAUUGUUUAACGGCGGCAAAGGUCGCGCACCAGUACCGAGUUUUCAGCCGCUCAUUUGCAAAUAAUCCAACUUUGCCACCGGUUAUAAAUGUCUGGCCGCUUCCAUUCAUUUUCAUUCGGGCAACUUUUCCACGGGCAGUCACCGUCGGCUCCAAAGGAGGCACGCCUCUUAAAAGUUAGCAAGCCCAUUUAUAUUACCCUGGGCGAGAGACACUCCAUUCUCUUGAAUAUCCUCGCAGCUCUGUCCCGAGCCAUACUUCCGCUUUUGCAAAAGCGUAAUGGAGAUUCAACGUUUGCACUGUAACAAGGAGAAGCUUGGACGAUAAAACCUUUGACAAUUUAAGGACGUCAUUCUGGUCCCGUACAAACGGACGCUACUCGAUACAUAAACUUUGAUCAGAUUUAAUAUAAAAUUGUCCUCCCAAAUCCCCGAUUCUUUUUCCCACGACUCCGAUCGUCCUUCUAACAGAUCCUGGAUGUGCUUUUGGUUUCAGUGCACGGAAGACGCAUAGCGCGACGAGUUGAAAGGACGAAUCUCUUGGUGAAAGGAAAAAGAGAGAGUGAGAGAGAGAGGGAUGAAAUAAAAAUACAAAGCACGUGAAAAAAGAAUUUCAGACUCUGAGGACGAACGGAGACAUCGUCCUUAGGACUCGAAGCCAAAGAAACAUUGAAGGCAAUCUGUAGGGUAUAAACUGGACGCCAUAGAGAAUCGUCGAAUAUCUUUUAUCGACUCCUGAACCUCCUAUCAAUUCCAGGAGGAAAAUGGAGCCCGUCGACGAGACCUCCUCUCUCCCUGCUCUACGCUCUCUCAACAAUAUACAAAUAUCCUUCAUCCGCUUUAUUAACACUACCAAACGGAACGUCGGCGUCUACUGGAUCGACUAUCAGGGACAGGCCAUUCGUUAUAAAGUACUAUCCUAUAGAGAUCACCUUGACGUAAAUACAUUCGUUACUCAUCCUUGGAUAUUCGUCGACGAGGAAACGAGAGACAGGUUCAAAGUCAACUGUAGCGAAGUCUUCUUCCCGGAAGCCUGGACCACCAAGUACCAGGGUAUGCGACGUCAGGAUCUUCCAUCAAGGAUCGACAGGACAUACGUAUAUAUCACGUUACCACUCUACACUCUACGCGAUCUGUCCAUGCGAGCCAUUAAGAAACAUCUGCGUUACGAUCAUCAUGCUUUUCUACUUGAUAUUCCACGGAGUUUGCAAUACGAGCUGGCCUCGAUGCCUCCACGUAAGAAUGAUCCUUCAGAACUCUAGCAGACAUUUAUCACACUUACAAUCGACAUCCGCUUGUUAUCCUUGGGGACGCAGUCUGAAAAAUCAGACUGGAUUUACACGUGACAAUCUCCCAGGAAUUGUACAUAAUAAAGAAUCAAUUUUAUGUAAUGA